AAGCUCCUAGAAAGUGUUUUUGUGUCGUUUGUAAUACAAGAAAAAGUGUUAUUUUGUAAAAUGUCGUACAAUACACGCAGAGGAGCAUUCCGUGGAGCAAACCAAGGACAAGCACUCCGAAGGCCUCCACCCCAACAACAGCAGCAUAAUUUUCAGGCAAGCCCUGGUAUAACGGACCUGAACUAUGCAGGGCCUGGGUAGUGGUGCUGCUAUAGGUACCAUUUAUCGCUUAGCCUUAUUUACGUAAAGGCUCAGCAAAUUAUCAAUUGCGUCGCCUCGAAUUCGAUUCAAUGACGAAAUCCGCUUCGAGACGAACAAUUUGUUCUCUGAGUUUUCCUUAUAUUUGGCUAAACGUAAGCCAUAUCUUGAUUGUUAAAAAUUUGCGCUGUCGUGUAAAGGUCGAGGGUCUUGUGCAAGUUUCGAACAAUUGAGAUAGUGUCGUACCCGUUAACGUCUCAUGUUAAGGGUAACACCUAUAUCGGUCACACGGCCGUUAAGGUUAGCUUGUAUAGUUAAUGCUGACUAGUUGCCACAGACGAUGCAAGAGCGAGGCCGCGGAGAUGGACCCGCACCAAGACAGCCGGCGCCGCAGCAAAUGCAACAGCAACACUUGAGACAACAAGCCGAGAAGUAUUUACAAAACCAAAAACCACCCCAACAACAAGGAAAUCAGCUGAUUAUCAAACAAGAACCCGCGGAACAACCUAAACCUCUAAUGGCUACAAAAACAAUUCCGCCACCGGCACCUAUUAUAAGCGAAACAAAUGCACCUCAGGCGACAAAUGGGGGUGAUAUUCCUCCACUAAUUCAGGAAGAGGGGCAGCCUAAGGAGAAACCAGCAUGGGCUAAAGGCGGCGGUAAAAUAAACAAGAAGGAACUUCGACGCCGUCGCAAUUUGCGUUUGCGCAAAAUGCUACAGCCGAAAAACGCGCUUAUGGUCCUGAAUGAGUUGGUCGGCAGUACGGUAUAUGAUGUGGUGGAGGCUCCCGAUCUGUUCAGUGGUGCGGUGUUCAGAUGCACCGUAAAGGUGGACGGUAUCGAUCACGUCGGUCUUGGCAAAAGUAAACCGAGUGCCAAAAAUGCAGCCGCCGAAACUGCGUUAAAGUAUUUGGUUCUUAGUAAAGUGAAUAAGGCGCCGGUUGCGGAUACCCCACCAGCCCCUGUUCCAGAAACCAGCGAAACCGAGAUAAAGAUGGAGAUUGAUGAAAAUUCUGAAGAACUGUCGUGGUCCCAUGUGGCAUGCUACGCUUUACACAAGCUGCUGUCUAGUUGGGAUGAAGGUGUCGGUGUCAAUCUGGCUGAAAAGGUUUCACAAGCCGGCAAUAAUUCUUUUACCGGCAACGAUUCCACAGACUCUCGUAAGGGCAAAGCAAUCGAGAAGAAGCCGGCUAAAAAGCUGCCCGAGAACGCGCACGAGAUGAAUCCAGUAAUGCUCUUGAACCAGAUGGUGCCUCACGCGGUGUACGAGGAGGUCUCUAAGGAGGGAAAUCCUCCAAACGUCAACUUUAACGUCAAGUGCACCAUCGGAAACGACGUAUUCUACGGUACGGCGACCACGAAGAAGGGAGCCCGGAAGAUCUGCGCCUUUGCGGCCUGUCGGCAAGUGCUGGGCAUUCAGUAUGCACCCGCUUUUCUUCAGGAACAUAAUUUUUCUGAGGACGCCGUUCAGGUUGUUUUAGGUCCUUCGACGCAAGCUGCAUAAGAGUAUUUUAAUAGCAUGAAAAUACGUUACUUUGUAGGUAUCGCAACGUAUAAUGUGAUUAUUUUUUUUAACGAUUACUUUAGUAGGAAAUACAUAAUAAGUUGUAGCAAUUAGUAAUUAUAGACUGUUCAUUGUAAUAAUACCUAAUGUAUUGUUGAUGUGAGUUAAUAAAUUUUCAAAAAUAAUUCAGA